AUGACUUAUCGUUCCAAUUCUACAGAUAAUACUCUAUUUUCACUCGAAGAAAUUCGUCAAGAAUUAGCUCGAUGUGGCUAUGAUGGUGUAUCAAAACAAACAUUGCUUCAGUUUCAAAAAGAUCUGUCCAAUUUAGCUCAUAAUGACAAAGCUAAACGCGAACAAGAAAAAAGUAUUGUUAUUUCAUUAGUUUUGAGCACCAUUGCAUCAAAGUCCGGUUCUUUUGUUCUAGUUAAAGUUGAUCAAAAACGAAAUGUGCAAUCAAAUGUUGAUUUCACAAUCCAUCCAAUUAACAGACAGACACAGUCAGAUAAUGAAGAUAACUAUAACGACGUUGACGACGAAAGUCUCAUCGAUGCAAUAAAUACACAAUCAAUCACUCCAAGGUUAUCAACAUCCAGAACAAAACAGAAUUAUAUAAGCAAUGUGAAUAAUGAUGAUGAUGAUGAUGAUGAUAAUCACAGCCAAUCAUCUCAAAGAAUAGUUCGACGAAAAGUUUUAAGACAUCACAAUGGAGCAGCAACUGUAUUCGAUGAGUCUAGAUCCGAAACAAGCUCAAUUAUUGAUACGCGCGAUGGAGAUUAUUUGAAUCAUUCAUUACAUAGUAACAAUAAGUUCCGAAACACUUGUCGUAUAAAAAAUGAUAAUGAUGAUACACGAUCAGAUUAUAGUGAUCAGACUUGUUCGUCAUCAAAUACCGUUCAUGCAGUCAAAUCAUUUAUUCGUCCAUCGUCGUCAGCCUCUUCAAUUCGACGUUCAAAUAGUAGUUUCAAUAACAAUAGUGAUUCUGUUCAGUUAUAUUCCUACUACAAAAAUCAGUGGCAAUCUCAACGCGCUCCUGGUGAAAAGUCACAUCAAAGUUUGAGAUGGUCAGUUAGAGACCAAUUACUACGACGUCAUGAUGUACCGAUAAAACGAAAGAUGCCACCUCGUGUGAAUAAUUAUGUUGUUCCAACGGAGAAGAAACGUUCGUCACUUCGAUGGGAAAUUCGUUAUGCUUUAGCGAAUCCCAACAAAUUUAGUCUGCAACCAUUUAGAAAUGAUGAUUUAAUUUUUUAA